AAUAUGAUCCGUUGUAUGGAGUCGUGGAACAAUAUUGUGUCUGACACCCUCGCUGACGCCUGACCGCGAAAGUCGUUCUAACAAUGUCGGUCGUUCAAUAUGGGACGACGCAACAUGCGAUGCCGUCGUGUGAGACCUCGCGAAACCGUACCGCAGAGGUCAAUCUAGGCGUCCCCAGUCACGGCGUAUUACCGACGGUUUGACGCAGCUAAACUUAUAGCACCAACAAUCGGGCAGCGACUGAGGCCCGUCCGUCCAGACAACAGGUAGCUCACGCGGAUCUACUCAACAUAUAAGUCGUCCAACACAAUGCUGAGCGACCUAAUCCUCGUAUCGCUCAUCAUACUUUCUUCCUCUUUACCUGUAUGGCGCGAGAAGGUGGCUGGUGCCCGUGUCUCCCUCCAGAAACGCAUAUCGUUGACUAGAGUCAACGGCACCGUCGAUCGAGACAUGGUCAUUCGUCAUAGGGAUUGGGUUAGGACGAAACAUCGCAACAACGCCGUGUCAAUCGACUCUGCUUCGAAUGUUGAAGACUAUAUAGAUGACGGAGCGCGCGUCGUAGAAACCGCACCCACAUCAAAGAUCGGUUCGAGGCGCAUGCCACCUGGGCAUAUCUCGCUUUCGACGCACAAUCACGGCCCACCGAAUGGGCCAGCGUGGACUGGCACCAUAUGGAUCGGUACACCAGGUCAACCGUUCCUCAUCAACUUCACACCGGUUCCUGCGACCUCUGGGUACCGUCUUCAUCUUGCUAGGACUGCUCCGCGUCCAAUUUCUACAAUGAACACAGUUCGUCUACGAAAAAUAAGCAGCCUGGGACAUUCAGCCAAAUAUUCGCCGAUAACAUACAAGUCUCCGGCGACAUAUACACAGACGUAGUGAGCGUUGGUGGCAUACAAAUCAACUAACAAGCCUUUGCCGCUGUUACCAAGAUGUUUGAAGACGAUACUGAUGCUGACGGUAUCAUGGGCCUAUUGUUCUCAGGCGGAUUCGUUGUGACCGCCGCGGGCGCUUAGCCUCGGUCACCACUCGGGGUCACCAAAUCAGGCAUGCGCC